AUGGACCCAGGGACCCAGUCGGGAAAUUCAGGAGGAAGGAGACUCGAGGACGUGGACGAAUGUAAGCAGAACCCCAGAAUCUGCAAGGGCCGCAGCACCUGCAUCAACACUCAGGGAAGCUACAGAUGCCAGUGUCUGCCUGGCUUUGAGCCCAACCCAGAGAACCCAAAGCUGUGCACAGAUGUGAAUGAAUGCGCCUCUGGACAAAACCCGUGCCACAAAUCCACCAUCUGCCUCAACCAAGUGGGCAGCUACCAGUGCCGCUGCCGACCCGGCUGGAAGCCAGUCCCCGGAUCCCCCCAUGGCCCCAACAACACCGUGUGCGAAGAUGUGGACGAGUGCAGCUCUGGGCAGCAUCAGUGCCACCAGUCCACCAUCUGCACCAACACCCUGGGGUCGUACCAGUGCCACUGCCGCCCAGGCUGGGAGCCGAUUCCUGGGAGCGUCAAUGGCCGGAACAGCACCAUCUGCAAAGUCAAGCCCUUCUUCACUAGGCCUCUGCCCCCUGGAGUCCACAGCCAGAGUCUCUCGCACUUCUUUGACAAAGUCAACAAUCUGCACAGGGAUUUCAAGCCAGAUCAGGCCAAGGACACCAUCCAGGGGAUCAUGCAGGAGGUGGAUGAGCUGCUGGAGACCCCUGGGGACCUGGAGACCCUGCCCCCCUCACAGAAGCACUGCGUGGCCACUCACCUGCUGACAGGUCUGGAGAGUGCCCUGAGACACCUGAGCAGGGCUCUGCCUGAGGGGACAGCAACCUUCAAUUAUUCUGCAGGCACACAACUGUCCCUGAAGGUGCAGAAUCAAGGACUUUGCAAUGUCACCUUGAGUCUGAAUCAGGCAAAGAUGCAGCUGAACUGGAAUCUGGCACAGGAAUCUUGUUACACAGGCCCUUCUGUGGUGGGCUUGGUCUCCACCCCAGGGAUGGACAAGCUGCUGGCUGAGGCUCCCCUGAUCCUGGAUCCUGAGAAGCAGGUGGCUCCCCAUGGGACACACGAGGACUUGCUGCCAAGAGUCUCCUCUGUCCUGCUCUCAGAUGUCGUCUCAGCCUUUUUGAGCAGCAACGACACCCAGAACCUCAGUUCGCCAGUUACCUUCACCUUCUCCCAUCCUCUGGUGACACCUGCACCAAGGCAUGAGGUGCUCUGUGUCUUCUGGGACCACAGCCAGAAUGGAAGUCACUGGACCACUGCAGGCUGCAGGACAGUGAGCACUGGAGGUGGCAGCACCACCUGCCACUGUACCCACCUCAGCAGCUUUGCCGUCCUCAUGGUCCACUACCAUGUGCAGGACGACGACCCCGUGCUGAGCAUCAUCACCUGCGUGGGACUGGGCGUGUCGCUGCUGUGCCUGGUCCUGGCAGCCCUCACCUUCCUCCUGUGCAGAGCCAUCCAGAACACCAGCACCUCCCUGCACCUGCAGCUCUCGCUCUGCCUCCUGCUGGCCCACCUGCUCUUCCUCACAGCCAUCGACAGAACCCAGCCCAAGGUGCUGUGCGCAGUCACUGCGGGCGCCCUGCACUACCUCUACCUGGCCUCCUUCACCUGGAUGCUGCUGGAGGGGCUGUUCCUCUUCCUCACCGCACGGAACCUCACUGUGCUCAGUUCCUCCAGCAGAAACAGGCUCAUGAGGAGGCUCAUGUUCCCUGUGGGCUACGGGGUCCCGGCUGCCAUCGUGGCCGUGUCUGCAGCAGCCAGACCUCACCUGUAUGGCACCCCUGCUCGCUGCUGGCUCAAUCCAGAACAGGGGUUUGUGUGGGGCUUCCUUGGACCUGCCUGUGCCAUCUCUUGUGUCAAUUUGGUUUUCUUCCUGAUGACCCUCUGGAUUGUGAAGAGCAAGCUGUCCUCCAUCAACAGAGAUGUGUCCACCCUGCAGAACACGAGGGUGCUGACAUUUAAAGCAAUGGCUCAUCUCUUCAUCUUGGGCUGCACCUGGUGUCUGGGUGUCCUGCAGGUGGGCUCCCUGGCCCCCGUCAUGGCCUACCUCUUCACCAUCGUCAACAGCCUGCAGGGCGUCUUCAUCUUCCUGGUGUACUGCCUCCUCAGCCAACAGGUCCGGGAGCAGUACAGGACAUGGCUCAAGAGGAUCAGAAAACAGACAGCUGAACCCGAGGCCUACACUCUGUCUAGCAAGGCUGUGUCCGAUGCCUCCAGACCCAGCACGCUCUGA